AAAAGGACGACAACACCGGAAUGAGGAAAUUGACGAGAGCAAGUCAUGUGCAAAACAAAGUUGUUCAUUGCUGAUAACCAUACAACCUGAUGAACCACAGGUCACUCCACUCAAGUCUCCCAGAGGCGGUCCGCUUCUCUGCCUCUUCCCCGAGACCGCUCAUCCCAAAAAGACAGCAGCCUUCCACGAGCUCUCCGACUCUCCCUGCUGCAUCCAGUGAUGUCUUUUCUCCUCAUCACAGUGUUGUCUUCACUUAUAGUGCAAGAUGCUGAGGCGUGGGGCGCCAAUGUCAAGUACGCGGUGAACUGCCCCGACAGAUGCAACGCGGAGCGGUGCGGCGGGGCGCAGCGCUGCACACGGACUGUCCUGGAUGACUGCGGCUGUUGCCAGGUCUGUGCAGCCGGCAGAGGGGAGCACUGCUACCGCACCGUGUCGGGGAUGCACGGUGUGAAAUGCGGACCGGGAUUAUUCUGCGAGUUCUACAAGGAUGAAGACGAUUAUGGAGACGAAUAUGGGAUCUGCAAAGACUGUCUGUAUGGAACCUACGGGGUUGAGUGCCGCAAGACAUGCAACUGCAAAGGUGGCAUUUGUGACAGGGAGACAGGAGCUUGUCUCACCCUCAAAUUCUUUGCCAAAAUCGCCAGCAAGCUCAAGACUGAGCCACAAGCAGGGGGAGAGGUGGGCUCAGGAGAAGUCAGUACUGCCCAGAGCACAGAUCAACACACAGAUAGAUCCACCGCUGCAAAGCGGCUCAACCCUCGCUGACAAGUGCUGACAAGACUGAAUCUAUUCAGUGUAAAUGUAGCAUUAACUUAUAAAUGAACUGAAAGAUAUAUUUUAUUAUGUUAAACAAUGAAAAACUUUUUUAUAGCAUUUGGAAGUUUUAUUUAGUUUGUUUGGGCCUUACCAUCAUCUUUUCUAAUGAAAUAAGCAGUUCUUAUGUUAUUCUCUUAAAAUUCUCUAUCUUACUUGUAAUUGUUCUUUAUCUUUUUCUAGAGUAAAUUAAUUGAAACUAUCCUGUGGUCUGUUCCCAGUAGCUGUAGGUGUAGACCUGAUGCUCUCAUUUAGUGUGCCUUCAUACAUUAUUGUUGAGAAAAUGAGAGUUAAUGUCACAAUAAAGGACCUUCCAAUGAUUUUCAAACUGAAUACACCAAUAUUUUUCAUUGAUUCAUUGUAGUCCACUAAAUAUUUUCAAGUUUUCCAUGAUAUUUAAUUUGUACUGUACAUAUUAAAAGUGGACAUGGAACAUAUCAUGUAUAUGACACCAGCCAAUGUAAAGAAUGCUCUUAUGAUUAAACCAAAGCUAUCACUGA